ACCAUGUGACACGGCACCACUUCGCCGUGCGACCCAGCGGCGGCGCCCGGGUACCUCCCGUCCAUGCUCCUGGGCCCGGGCCCGCGCAGCCCAAGCAUGAGGCCCGACGGCAGGGGACGCUGGGCCGGAGCCACGUUGUCGCCUGCGCUGCUGCUGCUGCUGCUGCUACUGCUGCUGCUGCCGCCGCCGCCGCCGCCACUACUGGGGCGCCUGUGGGCGGCGGGUACCCCCGCGCCUUCGUCGUCUGGGGUGAAGCAGGAUGGUGCACUGGGCGCGGGCCGCGUCAAGCGCGGCUGGGUGUGGAACCAGUUCUUCGUGGUGGAAGAGUACACGGGCACGGAGCCCCUGUACGUGGGCAAGAUCCACUCAGACUCGGAUGAGGGAGAUGGGGCCAUCAAGUAUACCAUCUCAGGCGAGGGCGCCGGGACCAUCUUUUUGAUCGACGAGCUGACGGGUGACAUCCACGCCAUGGAACGCCUGGACCGCGAGCAGAAAACUUUCUACACGCUGCGAGCCCAAGCCCGGGACCGUGCCACCAACCGCUUGCUGGAGCCUGAGUCUGAGUUCAUCAUCAAGGUGCAGGAUAUCAAUGACAGCGAGCCUCGUUUCCUGCACGGCCCCUAUAUCGGCAGCGUGGCUGAGCUCUCACCCACAGGCACAUCGGUGAUGCAGGUGAUGGCCUCUGACGCGGACGACCCCACCUACGGCAGCAGCGCUCGGCUGGUAUACAGCGUGCUCGAUGGCGAACAACACUUCACAGUGGACCCCAAGACUGGUGUGAUCCGGACGGCAGUGCCUGACCUUGACCGAGAGAGCCAGGAGCGCUAUGAGGUGGUGAUUCAGGCCACAGACAUGGCCGGACAGCUGGGCGGCCUCUCGGGCUCCACGACCGUCACCAUCGUGGUCACCGAUGUCAAUGACAACCCACCUCGAUUCCCGCAGAAGAUGUAUCAGUUCAGCAUCCAGGAGUCGGCCCCCAUCGGCACGGCUGUGGGCCGCGUGAAGGCCGAGGACUCGGACGUGGGCGAGAACACAGACAUGACAUACCACCUGAAAGAAGAGAGUGGCAGCGGCGGCGCCGUGUUCAAGGUCACCACGGACAGCGACACUCAGGAGGCCAUCAUUGUGGUGCAGAAGCGCCUGGACUUCGAGUCCCAGCCCGUGCACACCGUGGUCCUGGAAGCCCUCAACAAGUUCGUGGACCCUCGCUUCUCCGACCUAGGCACAUUCCGCGACCAGGCGAUCGUGCGCGUGGCCGUGACCGACGUGGACGAGCCCCCCGAGUUCCGGCCGCCCUCCGGCCUCCUGGAGGUGCAGGAGGACGCGCAGGUGGGCUCCCUGGUCGGCGUGGUGACGGCGCGGGACCCCGACGCCGCCAACCGGCCCGUCCGGUACGCCAUCGACCGCGAGUCGGACUUGGACCAGAUCUUUGAUAUUGAUGCAGACACAGGUGCCAUCGUGACCGGCAAGGGGCUGGACCGGGAGACUGCCGGCUGGCACAACAUCACUGUGCUGGCCAUGGAAGCGGAUAACCACGCCCAGCUCUCCCGGGCAUCCCUGAGGAUCCGAAUCCUGGACGUGAAUGACAAUCCCCCUGAGCUGGCCACGCCCUACGAGGCUGCUGUGUGUGAAGAUGCCAAGCCCGGCCAGCUCAUCCAGACCAUCAGCGUGGUUGACCGGGAUGAGCCCCAGGGUGGGCACCGCUUCUACUUCCGCCUGGUACCUGAAGCUCCCAGCAACCCUCACUUCUCUCUGCUCGACAUCCAAGACAAUACGGCCGCAGUGCACACGCAGCAGGUCGCCUUCAACCGGCAGGAACAGGACGUGUUUUUCCUGCCCAUCCUGGUGGUAGACAGCGGGCCACCUAGCCUGAGCAGCACGGGCACUCUGACCAUUCGCAUCUGUGGCUGUGACAGCUCAGGUGCCAUCCAGUCCUGUAACGCCACUGCCUUCGUCAUGGCGGCCUCCCUCAGCCCCGGUGCCCUCAUCGCCCUCCUGGUCUGUGUCCUCAUCCUGGUCGUGCUGGUGCUGCUCAUCCUCACUCUCCGGCGCCACCACAAGAGCCACCUAAGCUCGGAUGAAGACGAAGACAUGCGGGACAAUGUCAUCAAAUACAACGACGAAGGUGGCGGCGAGCAGGACACGGAGGCCUACGACAUGUCUGCGCUGCGUAGCCUCUACGACUUCGGCGAGCUCAAGGGCGGGGACGCCGGCGGCGGGCCUGCGGGCUCGGGCGGCAGUGCGGGCAGCCCCCCGCAGGCCCGGCUGCCCUCGGAGCGCCACGCGCUGCCGCAGGAGCCACCCAGCCCAGAGCCGGACUUCUCGGUGUUCAGGGACUUCAUCAACCGCAAGGUGGCACAGGCCGACGGGGACCUGUCGGUGCCGCCCUACGACGCCUUCCAGACAUACGCCUUCGAGGGCGCGGACUCGCCGGCUGCCUCGCUCAGCUCGCUGCACAGCGGCUCGUCCGCCUCCGAGCAGGACUUCGCCUAUCUCAGCAGCUGGGGCCCGCGGUUCCGGCCCCUGGCCGCCCUCUACGCCGGCCACCGGGCCACCGACGAUGAGGCCCCAGCCUCCUAGCCCCGUCCCCAGCCAUGGG